UAAAAUGUGAAAAAACAGAGAAAAGUAUGCAAAUGCUUUCUCGCAUUUCAGCUUCAUCCACCGCCCUCUUCCACCUCCGUUCUUCUCUUCUCCGACCCAGAUUCUAUUUUUCCCCAAACAACCCCUUUUCGUUCCCAAUUCAACCCCAUCUCCGCCGUCCAUUGUUUUCUUCAUCCAUGGACUCAGCUACUGCUGCCACCGUUGAUUCAGUUGCUGACAAUUUCAAGAACCAAAGUUUAGAAAAUAAUGAUAGCAGUAAUGACAAACGUUUGUUGAAACUUGAAGAGCUUAAUUGGGAUCAUUCUUUUGUUCGUGAACUUCCUUCUGAUUCAAGAACCGAUACCAUCCCAAGAGAGGUAUUGCAUGCUUGCUAUACAAAAGUGUUGCCUUCUGUAGAGGUGGAGAAUCCCCAGCUCGUUGUGUGGUCAGAAUCAGUAGCAGAGCUACUUGAGUUGGAUCCUAAAGAAUUUGAGAGGCCUGAUUUUCCACUUCUGCUCUCAGGGGCAUCACCUUUAGUGGGAGCUGUGCCUUAUGCCCAGAACUAUGGAGGACAUCAGUUUGGGACGUGGGCUGGUCAGCUAGGUGAUGGUCGAGCAAUAACACUUGGAGAGGUUUUGAAUUCAAAAUCCGAAAGGUGGGAACUGCAGCUAAAGGGUGCUGGGAAGACCCCAUAUAGUCGUUUUGCUGAUGGUCUUGCAGUGCUUCGGAGCAGUAUUCGGGAAUUCCUCUGCAGUGAAGCAAUGCACAGUCUUGGAAUCCCAACUACAAGAGCACUCUGUCUUGUAACAACAGGAAAAGAUGUCACUAGGGACAUGUUUUAUGAUGGGAACCCGAAGGAUGAGCCUGGUGCAAUUGUCUGUAGAGUUGCUCAAUCCUUUUUGCGUUUUGGCUCUUACCAACUACAUGCCUCUAGGGGUAAAAAGGAUCUUGAGAUUGUGCGUACUUUAGCAGACUACGCCAUUAGACAUCACUUCCCUCAUCUAGAGAACAUGAGCAAGAGUGAAAGCAUAUCAUUCAGCACAGGCGAAGAAGAUGAUUCGGCUGUGGAUUUAACUUCAAACAAAUAUGCAGCAUGGGCUGUGGAAGUUGCUGAGCGGACUGCUUCUAUGAUUGCAAGGUGGCAAGGUGUUGGAUUCACACACGGAGUGAUGAAUACUGAUAACAUGAGUGUGUUAGGCCUCACCAUUGAUUAUGGCCCUUUUGGAUUCUUAGAUGCUUUUGAUCUGAGUUUCACACCAAAUACCACUGAUCUACCUGGCAGAAGAUACUGUUUCGCAAAUCAGCCGGAUAUAGGUUUAUGGAAUGUUGCUCAGUUUGCUAAAACUCUAUCUACUGCUCAGUUGCUAAAUGAUAAGGAGUCAAAUUAUGCCAUGGAGAGGUACGGCAUCAAAUUUAUGGACGACUAUCAAGCAAUCAUGACGAAAAAGCUUGGUUUGGCUAAGUACAAUAAACAAAUGAUUGGUGAUCUACUUAAGAAUAUGGCUGUUGAUAAAGUUGAUUACACCAACUUCUUCCGAUUGCUAUCAAACGUCAAGGCCGAUCUUACAAUUCCAGCAGACCAGUUACUGAUUCCUCUGAAAGCUGCUCUUUUGGAUAUUGGUAUGGAACGCAAAGAAGCUUGGACAGGCUGGGUGAAAUCCUACAUACAGGAGCUGUCUACUAGCGGUGUAUCAGACGAGGAGAGAAAAGCCUCCAUGAAUUCUGUAAAUCCAAAGUAUGUCCUUAGAAACUACCUAUGCCAAAGCGCAAUUGAUGCAGCUGAACAAGGCGACUUUAGGGAGGUCCGACGACUACUGAAAGUUAUGCAACGUCCGUUCGAUGAACAACCUGGCAUGGAGAAGUACGCGCGCCUACCUCCAGCCUGGGCUUAUCGUCCAGGCGUAGGCAUGCUUUCUUGUUCCUCAUGAGUUGAUCUAUCUGCGAUGUAAUACAAGAUAUUGACUUGUAUAUGUAAUAGAAAUUUUUAGUCUACGUUCUUGUAGUAAUAUGUAAAAGGUGUAGCUCUUUGUUCUUUAUUAUCCUAGCCUAUUUGGCCUUGUUUCUGGCCUUCUGGGUUAUAAAGAGUCUGCAGCAUUUCCACUCUUAUUUUUGUGCUGGAAAAUGCGUUUUCUUUCUGUCUCAUGUUACGGAAAUGAAACUAGUAAAGUAAAAUGCCGGAACUCUUGCUUUCA